AUGCUUGAUCUGAAGGUAAAGGGGAAAGAUCUGUUCCAGGUAUCUCUCCUGGCUUUUGGUAGUUCCUUGGCUGUUAACAAGCACAAACCAUGGAUUGAGACUUCAUAUCACGGAGUCAUAACUGAGAACAAUGACACAGUCAUUUUGGACCCACCACUUGUCGCCCUGGAUAAAGACGCACCAGUUCCUUUUGCAGGGGAAAUUUGUGCCUUCAAGAUCCAUGGCCAGGAGCUGCCCUUCGAGGCCGUGGUGCUCAACAAGACGUCAGGAGAGGGCCGGCUGCGUGCCAAGAGCCCCAUCGACUGCGAGCUGCAGAAAGAGUACACGUUCAUCAUCCAGGCCUAUGACUGUGGCGCUGGGCCCCGGGAGACGGCCUGGAAGAAGUCGCACAAGGCUGUGGUCCACAUCCAGGUGAAGGACAUCAAUGAGUUUGCUCCCACGUUCAAAGAGCCAGCCUACAGGGCAGUUGUGAUGGAGGGGAAGAUCUACGACAGCAUCCUGCAGGUGGAGGCCGUCGACGAGGACUGCUCCCCCCAGUAUAGCCAGAUUUGCAACUAUGAAAUUGUCACAACUGAUGUGCCAUUUGCCAUUGACAGAAAUGGCAACAUCAGAAAUACCGAGAAGCUGAGCUACGACAAGCAACACCAGUAUGAGAUCCUGGUGACCGCCUACGACUGUGGACAGAAGCCCGCUGCUCAGGACACACUGGUGCAGGUGGACGUGAAGCCAGUUUGCAAACCUGGCUGGCAAGACUGGACCAAGAGGAUUGAGUACCAGCCCGGCUCAGGGAGCGUGCCGCUUUUCCCCAGCAUCCACCUGGAGACUUGCGACGGGGCCGUGUCCUCCAUCCAGAUCACCACGGAGCUGCAGACCAAUUACAUCGGGAAGGGCUGCGACCGGGAGACCUACUCUGAGAGAUCCCUUCAGAAAUUAUGCGGAGCCUCAUCUGGCAUCAUCGACCUCUUGCCGUCUCCCAGCGCUGCCACAAACUGGACAGCAGGACUGCUAGUGGACAGCAGCGAGAUGAUCUUCAAGUUUGAUGGCAGACAAGGGGCCAAGAUCCCUGACGGGAUUGUGCCCAAGAACCUGACAGACCAGUUCACCAUCACCAUGUGGAUGAAACACGGCCCCAGCCCUGGUGUGAGAGCCGAGAAGGAAACCAUCCUCUGCAACUCAGAUAAGACUGAAAUGAACCGGCAUCACUAUGCCCUAUAUGUGCACAACUGCCGCCUCGUCUUCCUCCUGCGCAAGGACUUCGACCAGGCUGACACCUUCCGCCCGGCAGAGUUCCACUGGAAGCUGGACCAGAUAUGUGAUAAAGAAUGGCAUUACUACGUCAUCAAUGUGGAGUUUCCCAUAGUUACCUUGUACAUGGAUGGAGCAACAUAUGAACCCUAUCUGGUGACCAACGAUUGGCCCAUUCAUCCAUCUCACAUAGCCAUGCAACUUACAGUCGGCGCUUGUUGGCAAGGAGGAGAAGUCACCAAACCGCGGUUUGCUCAAUUCUUUCAUGGGAGCCUGGCCAGUCUCACUAUCCGCCCUGGCAAAAUGGAGAGUCAGAAGGUGAUCUCCUGCCUACAGGCCUGCAAGGAAGGACUGGAUAUUAAUUCCCUGGAAAGCCUCGGCCAAGGAAUAAAGUACCACUUCAACCCCUCGCAGUCCGUCCUGGUGAUGGAAGGUGACGACAUUGGGAACAUCAAUCGUGCCCUCCAGAAGGUGUCCUACAUCAACUCCAGGCAGUUCCCGACGGCGGGUGUGCGGCGUCUGAGAGUCUCCUCCAAAGUCCAGUGCUUUGGAGAAGAUGUGUGCAUCAGUGUCCCCGACGUGGAUGCCUUUGUGAUGGUGCUUCAGGCCAUUGAGCCCCAGAUCAGCCUCCGGGGCACAGACCGCCUCUGGAGACCCGCCGCCCAGUUUGAAAGUGCCCGAGGGGUGACCCUCUUCCCCGACCUCAAGAUCGUGAGCACCUUCGCCAAAGCCGAAGCCCCGGGUGACCUGAGGCCCACAGCCCCCAAAUCAGCAGUCUUAGAAGAAAUGCUUCACAACUUAGAUUUCUGUGACAUUUUGGUGCUUGGAGGGGACCUGGACCCAAGACAGGAGUGCUUGGAACUCAACCACAGUGAGCUCCAUCAGCGACACCUGGAUGCCACCAAUUCCACAGCAGGCUACUCUAUCUAUGGUGUGGGCUCCAUGAGUCGCUAUGAGCAGGUGUUGCAUCACAUCCGCUACCGCAACUGGCAUCCAAGUUCCCUUGAGUCCCGGCGGUUCAGAGUCAAGUGCUCAGAACUCAAUGGACGUUAUGCUAGCAAUGAGUUCAACCUGGAGGUCAGUGUCCUUCAUGAGGCCAGAGUCUCAGACAAGGAGCACGUCAACCACCUUAUUGUGCAGCCUCCCUUCCUGCAGUCUGUCCACCACCCUGAGUCCCAGAACAGCAUCCAGCGAAGUUCAGUGGUCCCAAGCAUCGCCACAGUGGUCAUCAUCAUUUCUGUGUGCAUGCUGGUGUUUGUCGUGGCCAUGGGUGUGUACCGGGUCCGGAUCGCCCACCAGCACUUCACCCAGGAGACGGAGGCUGCCAAGGAAGCGGAGAUGGACUGGGACGACUCUGCGCUCACGAUCACAGUCAACCCCAUGGAGAAACAUGAAGAACGAGGGCGUGGAGAAGAGACUGAGGAGGAGGAGGAGGAAGAAGUAGAGGAAGAUGUGAGCUCCAGCAGCAGUGAGUCAGAGGACAGCGAAGACGAAGAGGAGGAGGAAGGGAUGGGCAAGGGCAGACAUGGGCAGAGCGGAGCCAGGCACACCCCACUGGAGUGGGAUGACUCGGCCCUGCCCUACUAG